AUGUACUGGGGUCUACACCGGGUUAGCCACUACUUGUGGCUCUCCUCCCCCGCCCUUCCGGAGCACGGUUCCUAUUCCAUUGGGUAUCUCGACGAUCGCUUCCAGUUCCGGGACCCUGCCAACCAGCUGAUCGGGGGCAAGGGGCAGAAUGACUCGCAGUUUGAGGGAAUCGCGUACGUUCCCGAGGACGACACCUUCCUACUCCUGCACGAGUCCCAAGAGCAUGAGGGCGGCUACAAGCCAUUCGUGACGACUGCGCGCCUCAGCAAAGAUGGAAAGGAGUACGAGAGACUCUCCAAGUGCGUUGUGGACUUUGAGCUGACGCAUGAAAACAAGGGGUUUGAGGGCAUGGCCUACGUCAAGAACUCCAAAGGAGCGUUCCUGUUGGGCCUGUGUGAAGGCAAUUUCUGUGAAGGUGGCCGUAGAGGGCGCAAGUCUGGAAACGGUCGCAUCAUUAUUCUGCAGCUGGACACAGAUGACAAUGGAUGCAGAUGGGUGAAAAAGGAUGUCCUAGACAUUCCGAAGGAGGCAAACUUCAUCGACUACUCUGCCAUGGCCAUCGAUUACAACCUGGGACGUAUCGCGAUCCUCAGCCAAGAGAAUGCUGCCUUUUGGGUCGCGGACUUUGACAUCGAGAGUCUGGACUUCGUGGGAACGGGGAGUAUCGUCCACUUGCCAAGAAACGAGCACUGCGAGAUAGUAUACUGCAACGCCGAGGGAAUUCAGUGGAUCGAUGCGUACAGAGUCAUUGUUGUCAGUGACAGAGCGAAAGCUACACAGCCAUACCACUGCGACGAGCACGACCAGUCGGUACACAUCUUUGGUUUGCCAGGUGCCGCAUCCAAGGCAUCUCCUGCGAUCGACUGGGAAUGA